CACACUCCACUCCACCCACUGUCUCAUCCAAAGAGAACUCGAAUUUUUGCUUCGCGUAAUUCGUUUAGUUUUCAUGGAUGCAACAAAAUGCAAAACUCUAAGGCCAAAAUGGAUGAGUUUAAGGCAAGGUUUAUGGACAUGCUGCACAAACAAACGAAUCGUCAAAUGAAAAUUCCAGCCAUGGGAUUCUCAGAUUAUUUUAUACAGACGGUUACAACUGACGCACUGCCCUCUACCACAGCGCCGUCAGCCACUGGAGCAAGUGCGGAGGAGGAUGAUGCCACAAUAAGCGCACAGAAAUCGGAUCAAGAAGUUCUUGAAAGCAUUGAAACCUGCUACUACGACGCUGACCACAAUCCGGAGCUAUACGAGCUUAAGAAAGUCCUCAGCGGUGGAAUUGACAACCAGCUUAUUGAAGAAACCAUCGCCCAACUGCGAGUACAACAAAAGGUGCUGACCAAACAAGUACUGCAAAACAUAUUGGAGCAGCGAAACGCAUGUGGCAGUGAGUUUCAAAAUAUAAAUGAGACGCAAAAGAAGCUGGAAGAAUCUCUUUGGACUUGCCAGAAAGCCCGAUCCUAUCUGAAUUAUGCACGCACAAAUUUAACCACGACCAGCUUGGAGAUCUUGGCCAGCUAUCGUAAGAGGGAGGUGCUCAAAGAAGUGUUGGAAACUCUGUUGGCCAUCAAGAAGUUGCGAACAACGGAUGAAGAAUUGCACAAACUGCUGGCAGAGCACAACUAUUCAGCUGCUAUAGCAUUGCUCCUGCAAUGUCAGAGCUCUGUUGCCGACUUUAUGCAGUUCAACUGCGUCCAAUCUCUGCAUAAAAAACUGCAGGAGACAAUGGUGUUGAUGGAGUAUCAGCUGGAUACGGUGCUCAAUGAAAUGGUGCUGAAGUUCGACAUUCGCAAAUAUGCUAAGUUGCAGGAGGCUUAUAAGCUAGCGAAUAAGUCACUUAUUGCCAUGGACCAACUUCACAUCAAUUACAUUUCGGCCGUUCACUCCACGGUCAAUGCUGUAGUGCGCGGAUACAGUGAGCCUAACGCAGAGGAACAGCCCAAGCUUUUAUAUGAGCAACUUUGCGAGCAACUUAAUGUGGACAAACUGAUGCCAUGUCUAAUAAGUUUGUGCAAAACCUUUUGGACUAUUCUCGCCUCAUACUAUCAAGUGGUCAUAUGGCACAACAACUACAAGCUGUAUGCCCAGCAGGAGGAGACAGAUAGCGAAUCUCCGGAUCUUUACAUUCAGCAAAAACUAAAGAAGGGACAGUCGCGCAUCUGGAACGAUAUACUAAACAAAGUGUGCCUCUUUCUGCAGAGCGCAAAACUGACGUCCCUCAAAUAUGAUCAGUUUAUUCAGGUUCUGUCAAUUGUGCAGCGCUUGAAGAAGGUGGGCAUUGAAUUCUGCGGCGAGCAGUCGGAUAAACUAAUUGUGGUUAUGCAGCAACGGAGUGAAGAGUUCUUUACACGCUAUCAUAUUUGUUGUGUUGAAGAGAUAUGUCUAUUUUUGGAUAACGAAUCCUGGACACCGCUGGACUCAUUUUCGCACAUUCUUCAGUUGCCGGAAUUCCGGUCUGUGAGACAUACGUUGAGAAGGCACAAAUCACCCACAACAGCUUUAAUGCCCUCCACCAAUAAUUCCCCUAUAAGUAACAACAAUUGUGACGAGCUGGUCUCUGUGCAUUCUCAGGAUGGUGGUGGCAGCUCUAUUUAUGGUUCCUACGGUUACUUUUUGCGUUUCUCUGAGAAAAGUUCUCCUUUUGAUGGAGGCCUUGAUGCGGCAAUGCUGGAGGAAGACAUAUUGUCCGGCAUUGUAGAUGAGGCCUCUUGUUACUUUAGUGAAGAAAGCGAUGAUGAGCAAAAGAGCCUGCAAAGCAAGGAGUUUGCGGAUGAUGUCAGCAAUCAGCUGCUUGUGAACAACACUGCCCUAAAUGUGUUGCGCUGUAUUGGUCGUUAUUUGCAAAUGUGUAAGCUGCUGCACUGCAUCUCUCCAAAGAUAAUCUUCAGUAUGUUGGAACUGCUUGACUUUUAUGCGUAUGCAGUGCACGAAAUAUUUGGCAAAGAUGCACUCGUAGCCACGGAUAAUCUCUAUACGCCCUAUUUAGAGCAACGCCUUCGAGCAGUAGAAUCCAAUGUAGUCAAUCAGAUUAAAGUUUGGCCACUUAACUUUUCAUCUCUGAUCAACAACGAGUUAGCUAAUCCGGAUACUCUAUACGGUCUGCCGCACCGCAUUGUGGCUAUUGAAGCGGGCCGUACCAUGUUCCAGCAGUUCCAAGUAUUACAAAACUAUUUGAACCAUCUAUUGCCCGCUGGUGAUAGACCAAUUUUAAGUAAUUAUCUGGAACACGGCGAAUUCAUGGCUGAUCUUGCGAAACCAGUUUACACAUGCGUAACAUCUCGCGUCAUCGAUCUACCGGCGAUACUAGCACAAAUGUCUAAGGUUAAAUGGGAUGUGAAUCAUGUGACUCACCAGCAUAGCAACUACAGUGAUGUUUUGAACCGCAAUAUACAAAACUUUGCCAUGUGCCUAGAGGAAAUAACCAAGGAAGUGCCCAUCCCCAGCAAACAUGUGUGGAAUUCUAUGGCGCAUGUGGCAACACAUUUGCUAGUAGAGGGAUUUUCCAAUGUGAAGAAAUGCUCGGCAGGAGGGCGGGCUCUCAUGCAAUUGGACUUUGCAAAUUUUAUGUCAUUCCUCGAGUUAAUUUCGCAUCAAAAGUAUCCACAGCAUCGUGCUUAUGUGGAUGUGUUUAUCAAAGCAUAUUAUUUUUCGCCGGACCAAUUUGAGCAAUGGAUUGAACAACAACGACAAGCUGAUGAAUAUUCAGCGAAACAACUGACGAAUCUUAUUCAAUGCAUAUGUGUCAGCGAUAAGCGGACUCGACAAAAGCUGCUGCAGUUGGUAGAGGGGACAACAGCUAAUUUGUCAACACCCAGCACAACGCCGCAGAAGAACACUUAUAAUUCUGGCUCGAAUCUGAGAAAUGUUAUUUAAGUCUACAGUCUCUUUCAAACUUUUUCUCUCUUAUAUUUAUGUACUAGUAUAAUUAACACCCGCAACCCCCUUUGUUAAUACUAGCUGAAUUUGGUGGCUCUUCUUUUAAUAUUGUACAUUCCAUUUAGUACAAAUUUAUGAACAUUUUGUUAUAAGUAUUUGAGUCUCUUUCAGUUAAAUAAGCGAUCUCUGUAAUGUACUUCAUUUUUGAUAUUCGAAUUUUAAAUGUUGAAUCUGAAAAUUGUAAUCUAAGCGCGUUCUGCUCUCUAUUUAUUGUGACUAAACUAUUGUUAUUUUCUUUUGAUUUUGACACAUGCAUAUGACUUAUGUACCUAGAGAACGCAUAUACACAAAGGCAUACACAUUGGAGUAUGUAUGUCGAACUAGAAAUAAGACAUCAACAAUUUAUUUUAAUACCCAAAUGUAAUAUUUAUUUGCGAAACGGACAAAUAAUUGUAAAAGAAAUCUCGCGUUUAUACACAAUGUAGUGCUACUAAUAAAUACAUAUAGUAUAUAAAUAUAUGCAUAUAUGAAUCUGUAACAAACAAACACCUAAUAAAGAGUGCAU